AUGCCCGCUCCCUCUCACUGCGUCGUUGCAAACCUCGGACCCUCUUCAGCCUCUCAUUCCAUAGCAGCUCCCUCGACCAAUCCUUCUGCCGUUGAACAGCUCUCAGCCUCCCUCCGCUCCACUCUGGACUCACUCUCUCAAUCAGUCACGACGCUGUCUGCACGUCUCCAGAACUCGGAAAAUCCCCGUACUGCCACAUCAUCCCUGCAGCUGCCUGCUCAGACGGACAUCCCCCCUCCCAUCCCCUCAUUCACAUUAGCAAACGCCCGCCCUGGGCCAGCCUUAGGCAUACCUUUGCGUACAGACGCCAGAGCCCUCUCGGAGUAGCCACCAGAAAAUAUUCGAAAAAAGAGGCUCAUUCUGGAUCUAUCCGCCCCCCACUCCGGUCUUCACUCCUCGAUCAAUAGCCUCAUCCCGCCUGCCCCCUUUUCCCUUCAUUACGCUUCCGUGGAUCACGCUAUUCUCCUGAUCAAACGCACCGGCAAAGGAGCCUGGCUAGCUAAAGCCGACAUCACCGAUGCGUUUAAAAUCGUCCCUAUUCAUCCCUCCCAGUGGCACCUGUUCGGCGCUAAAUGGAAAUCUCUUUUCUAUUUCGCUGUUCGUUUGACGUUCGGGUGCAGGAGUAGUCCAUGUCUCUUCGACAAAAUCUCAGAAGCUCUAUGCUGGAUUCUUCUCAAUGUCACCCAUCUUCCAUGCGUUCUUCAUCUCCUGGAUGACUUCCUUCUUAUUGAUCCUCCCUCUAAACUUCCCAGUCUUUCUCUUCCCAAGCUAAAGGAGCAUUUUUCCCGCCUCGGCGUUCCCCCGUCUGAAGAGAAAACUAUUGGCCCCGCUACAAAAAUCGAGUUUCUCGGUAUCGAGCUCGAUUCAGUAGCCAUGAUGGCAUCCCUGCCCGCAGAUAAACUAUCUCGAAUUCGUGAGAUCUCUCAAUCCUUUUGUUCCGCAUCAGUCGUGUCCAAACGCCAACUGCUCUCCCUGUUAGGUCAUCUAAAUUUCGCCAUGCGCAUUAUUCCUCAAGGUCGCUCUUUCAUUUCCCGUUUGCUCGAUCUGGCUAAAUCCGUUCCCUCCCUCCUUGAUCAGGUUACACUGAACGAAGGUUGCCGUUCGGAUCUUUCCUUCUGGUCCAGUCUCCUUCUAAAUUGGAACGGAAAAUCAUUUUUCUACGAUGAUAUCAUUCAAUCUCCCGACAUGCUACAGUUUUUCACAGAUGCUGCCCCAUCCGUAGGUUUUGGGGGGUUCUUUCAGGACAGGUGGUUCGCGGGCCCAUGGCCCUCCUCAUUCAACACCCAAUCAUCCGCUCUGUGUGAGGUCUACCCCAUAGCCAUAGCUUGCCGUCUGUGGGGCCCGCUCUGGGAAAGAAAACGCAUAUCUGCCUAUUGCGACAACAUCGCGGUAGUCGAAGCCUUAAAUAAAGAUUGCUCCUCCUCCCAGUCUCUCAUGCCCUUCAUCAGAAGCAUCACCUGGCAAGCAGUCACUAACAAUUUCAUUAUCUCAGCGCGUCACGUUCCAGGCCAUUCUGACACUGCUGCUGACGCUCUCUCUCGUUUCAAAUUUCAGACUUUUCGUCAUCUUCGACCUACCUCCGAUCUCCAUCCGACUCCUGUUCCUCCUCUAGAGGAAUUCACCCUCAAUUAACUCACUCUCUUCAUUCAUAUCUACUUUCCUCCAGCUUCUACAUGAAAUCUGGUUU